AAAAAAAAAAAAAAAAAAAAAAAAAGAUAGCAAUGUCGUCCAUGGACUCUCCAUUGCGCACUUACUUGCGUGACGCUGCUCGCAAGUUUGAUUACAUGCUCACAGAUGCUGCGCAACGAGAAAUCAACUCAGAGCUCUAUGCUGCUCUUUGGGACAACAAUGACGAGUAUCUCCACAACUAUUUCCCUUACUUUGUUGAGGCAAGGCAGAACGGCGUCACGGUCCUAACUAACAAUGGUGACGACGAAUAUUCCCCUUCUGCCCGUGGACAAGCUUGUGGCCACACGUUCAAAAUGGGUGAAGGUGUUUUUCGCUGCAGAACGUGUGCUCUUGAUGAGACAUGCGUCUUCUGUUUGCGUUGCUUUCACGGAACAAACCACGAGGGACAUGAUACGUCCUUUUCUGUUAAUGCAGGGGGCGGUGGUUGCUGCGACUGUGGAGAUUCGGAAGCAUGGAAGGUUGAUCUGGACUGCAUUUAUCACUCAGCAAAAAAUAUCCCACCAGGUGAAAAUGACCCCAUGGAUCUUGAAUAUCCGCCUGAGGUAGCGGCUUCUAUCCGCAAAACCAUUGCUACAGUUUUGGACUUUAUCAUCGACACCAUGACAACCUCACCUGAAAAUAUGAACGCCACACGUGCCAGUAAAGAACUAAUCCAGCGUGAUGCUGUAGAAGCCGGCAAUAUUGCAGGCGAAAGCACCGACCUGGAAACUAUGGACUUUGCUUGUAUUUUAUGGAAUGACGAAGAUCAUUCAUUCACAGAUGUCAUCAAUCGUGUUUCGGAGACGACCAAUAUGUCUCAGGCAUAUGCUAGGAAGAUCGCAGAGACUGUGGACACACAGGGACGUGCAAUUGUCGAAAUGUCGAGCGACAUCCAGAGGCUUAUGGAUAUUGCUAGCAGUUUAGCAGACAUUAGUCUUGUCGUUAGUAUCCGGUCAGCCAGAGAGACAUUCAAGGAGCAGCUAUGCGACGUUUGUAUUUCCUUUUUAAAGUCGCUUGCAUAUGCCAAAGGAGGGGCGGUUUCGCAGAAGCAAUCCUUGGCAAUUCGCGAAAUUAUCUGUGAAGAGCUCUGUAGUGAAUGGCGUCGGAAACCAUACAGAAAUAGCACAGCGAGCCGGCAGGAUAAUGCUACAGACAUAGAUGAUGACUUCAUUGACAUUGUCGGUGUUAAUCCUGAGGAUGAGGCAAGAGCAUCCAUGACGCAUGGCUUGGAUAUUAGUGGAGACAUGGACACCACAUCCUCGCACAUUGGAGAACCAUCCAGUCGCUUGCCUUCUGCUCUCAGCCGAGACACUGAUGCAGAGAUGGCGCCAGCGGGUAGUGAAGACGAUAGUCCUAUGCAGGGGAUAAGCUUCAACAGUAUGGAUCAACAACAUUCUGACCCUCUCGCCAGGAGUGCUCGAGCAGGUCCUCCCCGUCGCAAAUUGCGGAUAGACUGGCUUCUUUUGCUUGAUCUUAAAUUCUGGAAACUGCCACGUGCGAAUCUCCGUGAAGUAUACAUCGGAACUUUGGUACUCAGUCCAAAAUACAAAAAAUUCAUGGCUGUGCGUUUCGCCUUCAAUUAUCUCAAGAUUGCACAUUCCUUCCUUGUUGUGGACCGUGAGCCUGAACUUUCCAUUAUCCUCUUCUCAGUUCAGCUCUUCACUGUCCCAACUAUUGCAGAGAUGCUGGCCCGAGAGCAUAAUUUUAUCUAUAUCCUCUGCCAGAUCCUAAUUACAUUUUUCCAAGGACCAAAUUACACAGGUGGUCCUAUUAACUGUAAUUUGCCACCAUUCGAGAAUCGUCGUUAUUUCCACAUCUUCCAUGAUUUCCGCUACAUCUUGGCUAACGAUGCUGUGAAGCAGAUUGUCGCCAAUCGUCCUGCUUAUCAAGCUCAGAUGAUUGAAUGUCUCAAUAUGUUCCAAGGAAUGCAUCCCAACACACGUUAUUCAAUCGAUCAUAUUGAGUUCGAAGCUAACACAUGGGUCAAUGCGUUCAACGUGACAUUGCAGUUGUACAAAUGCUGUCGGCAGUUUUCAGAUUGCUUCUCAUCCAGUCCUGCUGUUCUAACCCAGGUUCUUGCCCGAACCGUGAAAAAGUUAUAUGAAUGGUGUGAUAAGCAUGAAGAAGAGAUGGCCGUAAACGAGGAGGCUCAGCAGCAGCAGCAGCAGCAAUUACAAACUCAUCAUACACAAGACCCUACACCUGUGGACGUUGGUGGCAUUCAAGCUGUGCAGCCAUCCACACACCAUGGCCCUAUCGCUGGAGCUACGUCCACUUCUACUACAUCUACAUCCCCCCCAAUUCGCCGCACACAAGUGCAUCUUAUCACCAUGCCAACUACCCCACCUUUAACUUACGAGGUGAUUGAAUAUAAGGUAUCUGCACAGCCUGUUGCAUUCCACCAUCCUUUGCAUUGGUUUUUGGCGGAUCUACUAGAGAAUGUAGAAUUUUUGGAUGCAGAGGAACUACAGAAGAUUGGAUACAACUCAUUUCGCGACAUGAUGAUUCAGUUUGUUGGAAAUGAAGGUGAUUCUGAAGAAAAAUGCUUGUUCAAGUUAAGAGAGAUAUUCGAUUACCCACUUCGAGUGUGUGUGUUGAUGGCCCAGAUCAAAGCCAACGUCUGGGUUCGUAAUGGAUUUGUCAUUCGUACCCAAGCCCAAUACUAUCGCGAGGUUUCGCUCCGAGAGAACACAUACGACUCUGAUAUCUUCUUACUACAAAUUGCCAUGGUCCUAUUUGACCCGGAGCACUUCCUCGUGACAGCGCUUGAUAGGUUCGAGCUCAUGCAGUGGUUUUCAGGUCAACGAGAGCAUAGUACAUACGAUCUGCUACAGAUUGUCUUUAUGGCUGAGGAACUGUUGACGCUUCUAAUUGUUUGUGUCUCGGAUCGUGUCAGUGCUGCGGGAUUCAGCGUUGAGCAGGAAAUAAGGCGUGAAAUUGUUCAUGGCCUCUGCUUGAAGCCCAUUGCAUACUCUGAGCUUACCAAGCGCAUUCCGGAGCGUCUGACAGAGCACGUCAAGUUUGAUGAUAUCCUUAAAGAACUUGCCAGCUAUCGUGCGCCGGACGGAAUUACAGAUCAUGGACUGUACGAGUUGAAAGAUCAGUUUUUUGACGAGGUGGACCCUUACUUUAUUCAUUUUUCGCGUAAUAACAGCGAGGAAGCUGAAGAGAUUCUGAAGAGCCGCAUUAUCAAGAAGAGUGGCAACAAGAUUAAAGCCCCCCAGAUCCUUCCAAAACUCUCGAAGAUCGAGCGUGGACCGUUCCAGAACCUUGGCAACAUGAUGCACACCAAAGCGAUGACCCAGAUCCUAUUCUAUACCUUCUGGAAUGUCAAAGCCGAACCAAAGAUCAAAUCAGAUACUAUUAUCGAUCAGGCUGCGUAUAUGAUGCAGAUUGCUAUCUUAGAUCCUAACAAUGAUCAUGCACGCAGCCUUGCUCAAGGUCAUGGCGCCGAGUCAUCUGGUCUCGGCAUGGGAGGAUUUAUGAGACACGCUACAUUUGAAAAGUUCCCUGUUAUCAAUGGAAACGAAAGAGACAGACUCACAUUGCUUUCAAUUUUGAUCAAACGUGCAGAUGAUCCAACCUAUAAGAGCAUUCAUCCCAAACUGAACUUCGUGCUGAACAAAUUUGAAGAGCUGGGGUCCAUGGAAGCAAAGACCAUUGUAGGCCAAUGGAAGGCGUCUAAGGGUCUGUCUGAAAGUGAAGACUCCGGGAUGAGCGAGAUGGAGGAAGCAGAACGUAGGAAAAAGGCAAACUUGGAGCGUCAAGCAAAGAUCAUGGCUCAGUUUGCACAGCAACAGCAAACCUUCAUGUCACAAAAUGAAAACUUGUACGACUCGGACGACUCGGAUGACGCAAAGUCUAUGAACGAGGAUGGGGAGAGCAUUGAGCUUGGCGCUCAAAAGAUUGCAGAGACUACGUGGCAGUACCCUACCGGCACUUGUAUUGUGUGUACUGAGGAGAUGACUCAAUCUAGUGAAUAUGGAAUGCUUGCCUAUGUCCAGCCCUCUCAUGUCCUUCGCCACACACCGAUGGAGGAUCCACAGUUUUUGCUAGAGUCAGUCGUAUCUCCAUUGAGUCUGGAUGUAUCUGCCACAUCAAUCCGUCCUUUCGGAAUUGCGUCCAACUUCGAAAAGCAUGCCAACAACUUUAAAAUGCCAGAAGUAUCUAAUUCCAAUCCCUUGGAUUUGGGCAAAAACAAGCAGACAUCUACGACAUCAGUUCCUCCACCAUAUAGACCUCAGAAUGUUGCAAGAGGAUUUCCCAUUCCCUCCCAUCGACGCGGUCUAUACACAUCAAGUUGUGGACAUCUCAUGCAUAUCAGCUGCUUCGACACCUAUGUCCGCUCCUUGCAGCAACGUCAUGAAGCUCAGCAUAACCGGAAUCAUCCGGAAGAUCCUUCCCAGCGUGAAUACAUGUGUCCGCUCUGCAAAUCACUCGGCAAUUUGCUGCUCCCGAUCAUUUGGAAGGGCAAGAAACAAACAUAUCCUGGUGUAUUGAUUUCGUCCGACAAUAGUACCUCGCAGGAUUGGCUUAAGACUGGUGCAAUCUCUGUUCUGACUCAGCUCUCAGCAGACGUACAAGAUGCGACAAUCAAAGUUGAGGCAGAAUCUUCUAAUCGACAUCAACGCUCUGGUGAACCCUCAGGCUUCAAUGUUCGUCGGAGAGAUAGUCGGACUCAAAGCGUAAUGGGGAUGGUACAAGGGUUUAUUCGCGGAUCCAAUCUUCCUGGCGGAUUUAUGCGGAACAACCCAGGCACAGCGCCCAUAGUCUUCCCAGCAGACAUGGGCAUGUAUCCGCAGGGGGGCUACGCCGGUUUAUCUUCCACAGUACUGGGUACACAUGGCAUUGAUCCUAAGGAAUUAGAUCCCAUCAAGAUCAUGUACUUGAGACUAGCAGAAGUUUUCCAGAUGAAUCACAAGAAUCUUUUGCGCCCAGAAGAGUUUUUGGCUUAUAGUCAGAGUCCUAGUCAACUGGGUGAAGUCGAUGUGAUGUGGGAGGCAUUUGCUUAUACGAUCUCAUGUGUAGAGAUCACCCAGCGCGGUGUCAAUGCUGCCAAUGGCACCUCUACUCUGAUUGCAGGUAUUCAGCAACAAACGCUGACAUUACUCCGCAUGAUGGCCGACACGAUUCUUUCCUAUACAUCCAUGAUGGUCAACCGACCUGAAAAUCGACUUCGCUUGGCUCAACUCAGCUGGGAGCGUCUUGCAAAGAUUCUGCAAGGUCAUGCAGCGCUAGACCAAAAAGACACAGCAUCGCUCCAGCUUGUGAAGCCUUUGCUGAUGGAGGAUCCCUUCUUUAUCCUAACGGAGUUGGCAUUACAUUCUCUUCCAGGGGAUGUCGAGCCGGGUCACCUCCUUGAAAUAUUAUUGAUGGCGGAGGUUGUCAAGACUGUUAUUUCAUUUGCUACGUCAGAUGUUGAUAAAUUGAUUGCUGCAGAACCCAGGAUUUCCGCAUAUACAGAGCACACGCUUGCCCCGUUGAACCCUACUGACUCAGCAGCAUGGAAGACGUUUAUUUUAGCUACAAUGAAAAGCCUUGAGAUGCCAGAAGAGCAGAUGAACAGUUUUCUGGACAAGAUGCCUGAUCGCCUGUUUUUGAAGCUUUUGAAGACCUAUGUACUUCCUUUCCUGCGAAAGAGCGCACUGCUAUUCGAUGCGCGCUAUGGUGUCCUUUUCCCAGAAACGCAGCCUGCCAUGUCAACAGCAGAACCCUUGGAUGAUGAAUAUUCACGUCUUGCGGCUCUUCUUCACCUACCUGAGCUCUUGCCCUUGUGCACAAAAUGGAUUGAAGAUGAUUUAUUAAAAAGUAUUAUGGAUGCUUGGUGCCAGGAUGCCGUCAAGCUGGCAGGAGCGCCAUCUGGAUCGCUUGGAUCUGAGACUGCCUCAGCUAAAGUUGGUGCUCAAGCAACGUCUUUAUCGCUUACUUCUUCAUCCUCUUCCUCUGCAGUGGCAUCAACUUCAUCAGCAGCAGCAGCAACGAGAGCGUCCUAUAUCCACCUCUCAAUUGGACUGAAUCAUCCAGCCAUUUAUGAGCUUGUUGGAUUACCGCGGCGUCUAGAUUCUCUGUUUGAGCAGAGUAUCAAGUACGUCUGCCCCAAGUGUAACACUGUGCCGCACGAUCCUGCGUUGUGUCUUUGCUGUGGAACCAUCGUAUGCAGUCAAAGCUUCUGUUGCUUAGAAGGCCUUGACAGUGAAGGCCGUGGUGAGUGUAACACUCAUGCAUCAACUUGUACGGGGCCUGUUGGCAUUUAUCUGUUGAUCAAAAAGUGUGUGAUCUUAUUGCUUCAUGUGCGAAACGGAUGUUUUCACCCAGCCCCAUUCCUGGACGAACACGGAGAAGCAGAUCUGGGUCUAAGGCGAGGGCGUCCCCAGUUCCUGAAUCAAAUGCGGUAUGAUGAUCUUAGGAGACUUUGGCUGACCCAUGGCAUUCCGAUCCAUGUCGCGCGUAAGAUUGAGCAGUCGUAUGAUAUCGGAGGAUGGCUUACAUUGUAGAAAAGAUGGUAAUAUAAAAGAUAAUAUAAAGAUAUAUAAAGAUAAUAUAAAUAAAUUAUAGGCGGAUCAAAAGUCC